AUGACACCAGUUACUCGACAAGAAGUUCUUGGCCUUUACCGCAAGAUAUUCCGAAUAGCCAAAAAAUGGCAAUCGGCAUCAGGACAGAUAGAAGAAACUAUUAAAGAGAAAGAGUACAUUAAAAAUGAAGCCAAAACAUUAUUCCGAAAAAACAAAAAUGUAACAGAUCCAAAGUUGAUUAAGCAGUGUGUAGAAGAAUGUGAGGCAAGAAUAGAAAUUGGACUUCACUAUAACAUCCCCUACCCGAGACCUAUCCAUCUGCCUCCUAUGGGUCUUGCCCAUAAAGGCCGUACGUUGCGACACCAGGAAAAGUUAAGGAAGAUUUCUAAGCCAAUAUACCUGAAAUCCCAUGAUGAAGUUUCAUAACCCACCAUUUAAGCUGUGAUGUGUAAUCACAUCAUUUAAGCUGUGGACUGCAAUCCAGGUGCCUCAUGAAUGGAAGUGAAAUGAAAUUAAUUUCCCCCUCACUGGCCACCAAUUGUUUUGGCUCCUUUUCAGUCCUCUGGCUUUACCAGGCUGCUUACAAAUUCUCUUCAGGAAAGUUAGGGGAACCUUCUGUCCUUCAGGCUAGAAGUACCAAUGAGACCAACCUGUGGACAAGAGCCACGCUGUACUGGGAGACUACGUAAGCACAGCCCACAGCUGCUUUAAGGACAGAGGGUAUAAGUAGCAACCUAUUCCUGCCAGAAAUUAAUGGUGGCAAAAAAGCACAUUUGAAAAAUGCAGUGUAUAUUUUUUCCUAUUAAAGUGGGCAAAACCAAUGAAAUCUCAUUUUCUGAGCUCUCCAACUCAUCCUAAACUCUCCAAGGCCUAAUAGACAAUGGCAAAGAAAUAUUCUUGUCUACCUUAAAAAUAAGUUAAAACUGGUCAUGUGCAGAAGAGAAUGACAGUUCCUCCCCCAAGAAUGUACUUGUAAGAGUGAAAAAAAUACAAGCGGAUGAUAAAGUACAAGGAAACAAUGAGAAGAGCAAGUCAGCAUGACAGGUACUGGCUCGCCAAUUUCUCACUACCCUUUAUGGCUCCAGUCCACAAAGGUAUCUAUUCCCAUAUAAUUAUUUCCUGGGAAUGCCUCAUGUGGGAAGUAACAUGUAAAAUGCCAUUGUUCUGCCUGUCAGUGGGAGCUUUGCAAAUUUACUGCUGCCAGGAAGACACAAAACAAAACUCCUUUAGCCUAGGAAAAGGGGGCUGGAAUAAAGACAGUAAAAAAUAAUAUGAUUAUACACACUGCUUAAUCCUUCAUUGAAAGAAGUCCAAAUGCAGUCUUUUCCUAUCCUCAUUCUGAUACACCAGUGUAGAGAUGGGUCAACUGAGCCAAACCAAAAUGUGCAGACACAAGGGUUUUGAAUGGAAGCUUAGGCUCAUUCUUUGUCAUUAAACUAUCAUUUGAAUCUUUUUAAUUGUUAAAAUUCAUGUGGCUAAUGAAGGUACUGAGGCGUGAAUAAACAGCUAUGUAAAUGAGCAGUCUAAAUUU